GUUUUUGGAAGAUGCGGCGGACGGCGAGGUUGAGUUCCAGCGUAAGUCUCCGGCGACUAUCUACGGCGGUCCGGCGUCGUAUUCAAGACGAAGGCGACUGGUGUUACUCGUCCGAGUGGUGGGGAAGCGAUUCCGAUGGCCACGCCGUCUUCCGAUCAACAUCCGAUAAAGGAAACGGCGUCGUCUCCGUCAUCGCUCACCCCUCUUCCAAACCAGUUCAGUCUCUCUCUCUCUCUCUCUCUCUCCAGAGUCCGCCACACCUAUAUUAUGUAUAUAUACAUCCUCGGAUUGAAUCAGACACAUUCAAGCAUACAUUGUACUGCAUGGAUCUCAAUUCAGCUUAAAUGUCCAGAUAUGGCUAUGACAACUAUAAGUAGUAGAGUUCACUGGCCAGAAGCAGAGAAGUGGCUACAAAAAAGGUAUCAAGAGACAGAUCCAGGUCAUAAACACAAUGAACAUUUUAGGAUUCUUGGGUAUCAAUGGCGCACUCUUCGAUUCAAUGAUACUACUCGGCAAAGUACGGUUAAAAUAAUGGCUGCCUGUCGAGAAUUAGAUCCUGGUUCCAUAUGCUUUAUGCAGCAGGCAUAUUGUCUGGCAGUUCCAUAUGUCAAGAGUAUGGUAUCAACUGGGUUGGCUACCUUAGCAUCUGGAGGCUAUGAUCUCGAGAGUGCUGCAGUCGGGAAGGAGGUUAUGCAUGUUUUAUGCAUUGGUCAUGGUGGCGGUACCCUACCAUUAUUCUUGGCUAGUAAAAUUCAAGGUGCUAUUGUUCACAUUGUUGAAAUUGACCCCCUUGUUAUAUCAGCUUCAGUUAACGCAAUGGGAUUCCCAUCUUUCUCAGUUAUGACACCAUCUGGUGAUCGUGCCCUCUCCAAGCCUGAUUUGAUCAAUGAAGUAUUGUGGAAAGGCAUUCACGAGAGGCUCUUCCUGUAUGAAUCAGAUGCGGAGAAGUUCAUUGUUGAUAACGCAAAUCUUUACGACAUAGUCUUCAUAGAUGCCUAUGAUGGUGAAGACAUUUUCCCUCACAAGCUGUGGGACCCAAAUUCACCAUUCCUGAAGUCUCUAGAAAAACAACUGCACCCCGAGCACGGGACAGUUGUUGUGAACCUUCAUGCAGAUGCGGAUAUCCUCAACUUCGAUGGUUCUGUUUCAGCUCUUCUUCAGCCAGUUUUGCCAAUGGGCAAGUAUGUUUCAAGAGUUUGCCAAGCAUACAAGGAUGUACUCAUAGGAUCUGGGAGUUCUUGCAGAGGAAAUGGUUAUGGCUUUGCAUAUACUGUCUCUGUUCCUUGGGUCUGUAAUACGUCGCUUGUUGUGUCUAAAAGUUUUAGAGGCAGCACUGGGAGUUCAGGGGGGCAUUUGAUUCUGAGCGCGCUUGCUUCGAAGUCCAUGGAAGUGGAGAACAUUCUGGAUUUUCCAUUCUCGUGUUUGGAGUACAUAAAGAGAGGCUUUACCCUUGUUGAUGAUUGAUUUCCAGGAGAUCAUCUCAAAGCUCUCACCUCAACAUUUAACCUCUGGCUUUUGAGUUACCGAAUGCGCUUUAAGGGUGGGGGAGGAUAAGCACUGGUUUCAUCGCUAAGCAUGUCGUGAGGCCAGAGUCAAAGUUUAACAGAUCGAAGAACAAAUGGGCUCCACAGUAGCUGCACCAACUGAAGGUCAGAACAGCAGUUGAGCAGCAAUGGCGGUACAAAACCAACAUAUAGCAUGUGUAUUUAGCUGGAUACCGGCGUGGCAUUGCGGUAGGUAGUCAAACUUGUCGGUGUAAAGCUCAUCGGAUCAAACAACUGAAACGGGGAGGCCCGUAUGUAGACAGCUGUCUCGCUCUAGCAUGCACCAAUGAAGACAACAAUACUUGAUCAGUACUAGACGGUUGACAGCUAAGUCUCACUGCAGCGACUGCCAAACUUAGGCCAAUGCCAUUUUGUAGGUUCAUUUUUUUUUUUACCAACGAUGUUAUAUGCCGAAAAUAUUCUCUCAGUGGAAGAAGCCAAAUUCAUAUA